GGACUAGGUUUGUUGACUCUAUCAGCUGUUCUUCCAUCUCCGAGUGGUUCUGAAUGCCAAACCAACGAUAUCACUUCAUGUUCUCCUCCUUUGUUCCAAGUAAUAUUAUUCUUCUUUUCUCUAUAUCUAGUAGCAUUUGCUCAAGGUGCACACAAGCCAUGCACUCAGGCUUUUGGGGCCGAUCAGUUUGAUGGUGAAAAUCCAGAAGAAUGCAAAGCGAAAAGCUCCUUCUUCAACUGGUGGUAUUUUGGUGUAUGUGCCGGUGCCUUGGUAGCAAUUGCGGUUGUGAGCUACAUACAAGACAAUCUGAGUUGGGCACUGGGAUUUGGGAUUCCUUGUAUUGUAAUGGUUAUUGCAUUUGUCGUCUUCUUGCUUGGAACUACAACUUAUAGGUUUAGCAUUACACACAAUGAGAAAGGUCCUUUUGUCAGGAUCGGUAGGGUGUUUGUUGCAGCGUUUAGGAAUUGGCGAAGAACUCCUCCAUCAACUAUAGCCACUGAAAUGGAAGUACUGCCUCACCAAAGAUCUGAACAGUACAAGUAA